CAACACCAAGACCGGCACGGCUGAAGUGCCGGUGAUGUAAUUACCAACGCCCUAAAUCCGGGAAUUGUCCAAUGACACUCGGAUCUUUGCGAUAGUUGAGUUUAUUCCGUUUGCCAUGAUGCGUUGAACUUUCUUUAUCGGAGAACGGAGUUAGCAAAUGGAGAGAAAUGUACUUUUUGCUAUGAUGCAUUGCUAGUGUAGACGCUCUUUGAGGUAUGGGCGUUGAGGGUUUGUUGUAUAUAAGUUGUUGUUUCCUCCUCGUUGAGAAUCUCAUAUCAUUAGGAUCUCAUCGAUCAAUCAAGAAGUCUCAAUUGAAAGUCAAUCAAACAUCAACCAUGUCUUCUCUUCCUCAGACUUACAAGGCUUGUGUCCUCGACAAAGUCAACGCAUCAUGGACUCUCAGCGACGUUCCCCUCAAACACCCCUCCAAAAGCCAAAUUCUCGUCAAGGUCCUCGCCUGCGGCGUCUGUUUCUCCGACGUAGCUCUCGGCACCGGCCACAUGGGCGAUGUAUUCCCCCGUGUUCCAGGCCAUGAGAUCAUCGGCGAUGUAGUCGAAGUCGGCGAAGGCGUUGAGAACUUUAAGAACGGCGACCGUGUUGGUGGACCUUGGCACGGUGGUCAUGACCGAACUUGUCGCCAGUGUCAGCGCGCUCAAUUCCAGAUGUGCGAUAACAAGGCGAUUAAUGGUGUGAGUCAGGAUGGUGGGUUUGCCGAGUAUGUGCUUUUGAGAGCGGAGGCUGUUGUUCGUGUUCCGAAGGAGAUGGAUGCUGCUGAGGCUGCUCCUCUUCUUUGUGCUGGCGUUACUGUCUUUAAUGGUAUUCGAAAGUUGCAUGUUGAGCAGGGAAAUCUCGUUGCAGUUCAGGGUCUUGGUGGUCUUGGCCAUCUGGCUGUUCAAUACGCCAACAAGAUGGGUUAUGAAGUCGCUGUUCUCUCAUCAGGCGACGAUAAGGCGGACUUUGCCAAACAACUCGGCGCCCAUCACUAUAUCAACACCAAGAAGUCCGACCCGGCAGAAGAACUCACCAAGCUUGGUGGUGCCGCCAUUAUUGUGCAAACAGCACCCAACCCCAAGGCGGUAUCACCACUUGUCAAUGGUCUUGCUGCUGAGGGCAAGCUUCUCAGCCUUGCGCCCGUCGGUCCCGCAGAGAUUGAUACAAUGUCGCUGGUUUUGAAGGGUGCAAGUGUUGUUGGUUGGCCUAGUGGUCAUGCGCUUGACAGCGAGGAAGCUCUUCGAUUCUCCAUGAUUCAUGGGGUUAAGUGUAUGACUGAGAGGUAUCCCCUGGCCAAGGUACAAGACGCAGUUGAGAGUCUUCAGGCUGGAAAGCCCCGAUUCAGGAAUGUUUUGGUUAUGCAGUAAAUGUCUGGAAAUGGUUGGGUUGGUUGUACAGUUGUUGUAAAAUGAGCUAUGGUGUUGGCGGUUGUGGGGAGCGGGAUCUCGGCGAUGAUGAAGUUGUAUACGAUUGACAUGAAUGAAACACGACAUUAAAUAAACUUGACCGCAAGGAAGCAAUCAAGUUUUUAGCUCUACUUCAAUAAGAUCCCCACCUCAAUGAUACAUACAAGCU